AUGGGUUCGUUUAGGUUUUCGGAUUCUCAUUGUGUGGUAGAGAAUGUUUUGUACUCUGUUUGUGAUGGGAAGUUGAGAUGGUAUGAUGGUGAGAUGAACAAGUGGAGAAUUUUGAAGGGUUUGGUCGGAAGACUGCCUAAGUUCUGUCAUGGUGUUUCUGUUAGAUUGUGUGAUUAUGGUGGUAAGAUGGUUGUCGUGUGGGAUGAGAACGUGAUGUCUAGUGGUGAGAAGAUGAUUUGGUGUGCUGAGAUUGCGCUUGAAAGGCGUGGGGUUUGGGAAAUGUGGGGACAAGUUGAGUGGAUUGAUCAUGUGCUUACAGUUCCUAUAGGUUAUUAUAUCGUCAAGCCUCUUACCGCUACCGUUUGA